AUGCUUGGCCCGGCCAAGGGCGGCCAUCUUGGGGCCGGCGCGGCGGCCGGUUUCCCCGGCGGCGCUGCGCUCCCUGCCAAGGGGGUCGCGCCGGGGGGCGGCCCGGCGGGCACCAUGUGGCGGCUCCGCUGCAAGGCCAAGGACGGGACCUACGUCUUGCAGGGGCUGUCCAGCCGCACGCCGGUGCGAGAGCUCCAGGGCCAGAUCGCCGCGGUCACCGGGAUCGCCCCGGGCGGCCAGCGCAUCCUGGCGGGCUACCCGCCCGAGUGCCUGGACCUCAGCGACGGGGACACGGCGCUGGGGGACCUGCCCCUGCAGUCGGGGGACAUGCUGAUCGUCGAGGAGGACCCGGCCAGGCCCCGCACUUCCGCGUCGGCGGCGGCGUGGGCGAGCCCCGGGACCCCGGGCCCCACGCUGCGCAGGACCCCGGUCCCCGCCGACAACUCGUGCCUCUUCACCAGCGUGCACUACGUCGUGGAGGGCGGCGUCCUGGACCCCGCCUGCGCCCCCGAGAUGCGGCGCCUCAUCGCGCAGACGGUGGCCAGCGACCCCGACGCCUACAGCGAGGCCAUUCUGGGCAAGAGCAACCGAGAGUACUGUGACUGGAUCCGGAGGGACGACACCUGGGGAGGGGCCAUCGAGAUCGCCAUCCUGUCCAAGUAUUACCAGUGCGAGAUCUGCGUGGUGGACACGCAGACCGUCCGCAUCGACCGUUUCGGGGAGGACGCGGGCUACUCCAAGAGGGUCCUGCUCAUUUACGACGGCAUCCACUACGACCCGCUCCAGCGGGACUUCCCCGACCCCGACACCCCCCCUCUGACCAUUUUCUCCGCCAACGACGACAUCGUUCUCGUGCAAGCGCUGGAGCUGGCCGACGAGGCGCGGAGGAAGAGACAGUUCACGGACGUGAACCGCUUCACCCUGCGGUGCAUGGUGUGUCAGAAGGGAUUGACGGGCCAAGCCGAAGCCAGGGAGCACGCCAAGGAGACCGGCCACACCAGUUUUGGGGAAGUGUGACCUCUGCCCGCUGAGGGUCGAAGCCUGCUACCUCAGACCCAGGGGCCCUGGGUUCUUAAUAAGCUACUUGUGUUCCUAAAGAACAAAGGACAGGAUGCUUGAACCAACCUUAUUAAAGCCACUAAGACACUGACAUUCCUUGUUACUAUUAAAAAUUAGUGUGCAAGUUUACAGAUGUGUCCACGGUGGUGGUACGUGCCCGCUCUCUGCUGGGGUGACAGAAUAGGUGGCCCGUGCUCCGUGCUACACUGCCCCGAAGAUUGCAUGUUAGUAUUAGAGACUAGCAGCUGGCAGAAUCACUGGUAGAAGAAAAGGACUUUCCAUUGUGGGUCAUGUGGACUGCCUCAUGGGAGGCCACUGGACAGCAAUGGCCGUGUCUGCAGUCAUUGGGUCCUUAAAAAAACAAAACAAAACUUGAGUUGAUAAUUUCUAGAUUAUGAAUUGAUUCUUCAGAUGAAGAUAUCAGAAUCAUCACACCUGAUUUUGUAUUGCCAUUUGGUAGACUUUGUAAAUGUACUUUGGUUCUAAGUACACGUGAAGCAGUUUUUACAGGGAUGUCUAUUCCUUGGAAAGGAAUUACCUAAAAACAGGAGCUCAUAGUGCCUGAUUUAGGGUUUCUUGUGUACAAGAGUAGAAUAAAUGAGGGAAAAUGUGCCUGAGUAGCUUACUGAAGCUUUAAAAGAAUGUUGGCCUCACGUAUGAAUGUGAUUCAUUUAUUAAUCUUUGUCAUAUUUGGAUGAAAUUCUGAAAGGUGUUUUUUUUUCUUUUUAUUGAGGUGCCCAAAUUUGAGUGCUUGAUUUUUGUUUUUUAAUGUAAAAAUUUGCAUGGAUGGAUUUAAUUUAAUCCUUGCCUUAUUGAGCUUUCUCAGAGUUUGACUUCUUGAUAAGUAGAUGCUUAGCCGUUUGCUGGGGGGCUGUGCCCGGGCGUGCCCUCUGAGAGUCACUUCACUAGGAGAUCGUUCAGAUAGAAGUUUUCUACCUCUUAAUUCUUCUGAAGACCAGGGAUGCUAGAUUUGUAAUUUGUCAUGUGAGAUUUAAUGUCGUGAAGUUUUAUUAUCUCAUUUUUAUUCAAAUAUCACUUAGGAAACCAGUGGGAUACUUUCAGCAUAUCUUGGCAGGUAUUUUGAAAAUGAUACUUGCUUUUGAUAACUGUCUUCUUGAAGGCAGUCCUUAUAAAGUCAGAGAACAUGUAAGCAAUUUAGGGGUUAAAGUACCUUCAAUGAACAAUUCAAAAAGCAUACUUGAAACUGUUACAUGACAUUAGUGUGCAUAGCCAUUUUAGGCAACCUGAGGUGUUAUGAUGGGAAUCACUUGAAAGUGUUUGAUUUUCUAUGUUCUGAGCCUUAAAAAUAGCCCUUGUGAGUUGGCAAUACUCAAAUGUUUGGCAAUCAUAGUAUGUACAAAUGGAUAUUAUUGAAAAUCUCUUUAUACUCUCUGAUGUCUAGUUUAAGUGGUUUGUGCAUCUUUAUUUCCCCCAGCAAAUAUUAUAUUUAGAAUCAUGUGUUAGAAAUCCUACCACUGGGUAACAUCUGACAAGCUUACCUUUUUUUAGGUACUUGAGCCAAACCUGAUACUUGCUUACUGAAAUUUUGAAAAAGUCUUAUUCACACAACAUAUAUAUUAAAUCAUUUAUAACGUACCAGGCAUGCAUUGGUUUGUUUCCCAGCAGAAAUCCUUGUAACUUUAAAGUUGAGUAAAGGUAAAGGUAAAGGCCCUCCCGUUGAUCGUCGAUUUGCUCGA